UAUUUUAGUUGGGAUUUGUUUUGGGAAAUUUUAUUGGGAGUGCGGUGUAGUGUUGUCAAAAUGGACCGUGAUGAUAGUGAGAGUACAACAUCUUUGGAAGAAGAAAAUACUGAGAAUUUCUGUGAUAAUCCAACAAGAGAUACCCUCGCUGAGGGAUUAAUGGGAUUAUUUAAACCUGCCAUUGAUCAAUUGGAUGAAAAAGUCAGAGCUACAAGAGUGUCUCAAUUGGAACUCAAGGAACAACUAGAUAGGUUGCAUGACGAAUUGAGGAAGAUUCAGGAGACACAGAACACACCUCCAGAACUUGAUGGUUAUGUGAAGAAGUUGAUUAAUGUUAAGCACAAAGUUACAGUUGUCACGAACGUCCUUCAAGGUGCUCAGGAUCGGCUCAAUAGGUUGCAUCAGCAAGUGGAUAGGGAGAAGUUGAGGAGGAAGACCCUUCUAGAUUCUGAGCUGGCAACUUCAGCUCCUCAUUUGGGGACUUCCGGGACUUCUGAGACUGUGACGUCACCCAAUACAAAUUAA